AUGCCGGGCGGUAUGCAUCCUCCCCCGGAGCAGUGGCUUUCAUGGCCAGCGCCGAACUACGUCGAUCCGCCUACUAAACCGAAAUAUGUGCUUGCUCUCUCAUGCUUGCUUGGACCCAUUAGCACUGCACUGCUCUUUGCGCGCCUCUGGAUACGACUACGCGUCCAGAGAAGUCCCGGAUGGGAUGAUUUUUUGAUCUUAGUCUCGUGGUUUUGUCUCAUGGCUUUGACUGUCAUAUUCCCACUGCUCACGGAGAAGUUCUACUUUAACCGCCAUCUCUGGGACAUCGAAUACAAGUACUUCCCAGUACAACGACAUUACGUCAUGGCCAUCUACGCUCUCUUCAGCCUCGCAUCCGGGCUUAUCAAGAUGUCUGUCUUGCUCUUCUAUCGACGUCUAGGCUCGCGCGCAGUCUCCCCAGCAUUCCGAUGGACUCUGCGAAUUACCAUCACCAUCAUUGGCAUCUAUACCCUCGUUUUCAUUUCCAUCACCAUGUUUAUAUGCACUCCGAUCUCCGCCUUCUGGAACCAAAUUAAUAUGAAGCUGCUCUUGAAAGGCUACAAGUAUAAGUGUGCGAAUGAAGGAGCAGAAAUCGUCGCAAAUGGUGUUAUUUCGACUUUGCAGGACGUUGUCGUAGCCUCUCUCCCCGCGCUCCUCUGCUGGAAUCUGCAAAUGCGCAAGCGCCAAAAAAUUGCUCUCUAUAGCGUAUUCGCCGUGAGCUACACCGCGGCUGCGCUGGGUGCUUUGCGCACGUAUACAUCGUAUCGCUCCUUCUUUGAGACUUACGACACGACGUGGACGGGCUGUGACGUGUGGUUGUGGUCCCUCCUCGAACUCCACGUUGGCUUUACAUGCGCCAACACGCCUGCCCUCAAGGCUUUCUACAGACACUACUUCCCCUCCGAACGCACGUUUCCCUCGAGUAUCUCACGGCCGUCUCAUCUCGGUAGCCAAUUACUCUGGAAGCGAAACGUGAAUUCGAGAAGUAGUACCGGAUACUUGUCUGAGCCGCACACGUCGCAGCAUGGUGCUAUUGUGCCGAUGGAUGCGACAAACGAACUAUAUGAGAGAAGUCAUGGGUCGACUAAGACAGUUAUCCAGGGCGAUAGAGAUGCAUUUAAGGGCGAUAUUGAGAUGAGCCAGAUUGUGAGUUUCACAGAUAUUCGUGUUACAGGGAGUGAAGAUCAGGUCUUGGCUAAGCCGGAAUGCGCAGAGAGAUGUUCAAGGUAG